UUGGCAGCACUGGAGUACAGUUUCAGCGUCAGACGCCGCAUGGCCGACCGGAGUAGGCACCGCGUCGCGCCCGCCCCGGCGCCGACAAAGAAACAGUACGCAUAUGUACCCUGCCCGCGCUCCGAAGAAGUUGGGACGGAGUUCGCACUACAAUUACUAAGGACUCACCAGGAAUCCACACCCGAGAAAAAAAUCGGUAAGUGA